AUGAAACUCAGUGUACUUAUUCUACGAAUCAAUACCGAGAUACAUUUAGAAUACGAGCUAAAUCCGCCGAUUAGUUUACGAGUUGUGGCUAAAUUAUAUUUCUCCAACAAAAUAUAUCCAAGAUUGAUCAUCAAUAAUUCAAUAUCAAAAAUUCAUCCCGAUCAAACCAGCACCGUAUCUUUAGUAUUUAACAGCGGCACCUUCUCGACACUUUUUUUAAUAUCAAAGCUGUUAAGCCAAUCAGAGCUUGGCUUCCCUUGGAUCCCGCACAAACUGAAGUUACAAAAGUCCGCAAGGUUUUGGAGCGCGCCGCGAUGGAACGGGUUCCCGUGCUUGAAGUGUUCGUACCUCCCGGCGUUCAUCCUCUCGUUGGUGGUCAUCCCCAGGACCAUUAUUUGGUACAGCUGGCACAUAAGCAGCGCGCCGACCCAUAAAGAGUGCAGACCUGUGUUAGCAGCGAUCCACAUUACCCAGGCGUCGCAAGUCGCUGCUGCCACGAAGUAG